AUGGCUGAAAGAGAAGGCCUACGCGAUGACCGCGUCUCUUCUCGCCUCUCAAUUCCCAAGACGAAGACGCGGUCCAUUUGGCUGACCCCAAUGACGCAACCACCGCCAUCAACACCUACACCUCGUCGAUUUCUGCUUUCCAAGAAACCUCCAGGAUCGCAACAACAGACACCAGGCAGCGGCCCGCCCGUCUUCGCCGGCAGCCAGCGCUUCCAGCCCACGCCCCGCUUCGCCCCUCCGUCAUCGACUCAGCGACCUCCCGCGACGCCCGUGUUUCCUAGUUCACUUCGACCGUCGAGACACCGAGACCCGAUCCACGAUCUUCUGGAUAGUUCCCCGACAGAUGCGCCCGUCUCGGCGACGCGACCGACGCUAGGAGCUGGGACGCAGAGGCAGAAUCCUAGGAUUGACAUCGACUCUGACGUCGGUAGCGAUUCGCCGACAGAGGAUCAGGAUGAGCUGCCGCCAAUGGUCGUCGCGGUGAGCGAUUCGAUCGAGAUUGAUUCGGAGCCGCCUAGUGUUUUAUACAGCGAGACUGAGGAGAGGACACCAAAGAGGAGAAGGAUUUCGGUCUCGCCAGCAUUGAGCUGGCAGGAGGAGCCCAAGGAAGACGUUGCCAUGGGAUAUGAAGAGGAAGAGCUUCUCCCUGAAGAAAGCGGAUACGGUGACGAGCAGUUGCCAGAUGCCGAUGAUGAGCUUCCCUUCCGCGAGGGUGUGCCCAAGACUGAGGACGACUUGGUUGUUCCUAAGCGCGCUGCAGGAGACCCAGUCAAGACGCAGCCGACCUUUCAUCGCGCCCCUCGUUUCAAGCCGUCUGAAUCCGAAGUCAUUCGACAGGAAGGCCUACCGGAGGCGUUCUCUCCACAGCGGCGAGGCGCAAAGUACCUCGCUGGGGGCCUCGCAGCAGAGCUGCAGACUUGGCUGGCAGAGGUCAAGGGCUGGACGGGCGGUGACCGUCCUGCUGACCUAGUCAUGAGCAUUGUUGUUGACGAAGUUCGUCAUGGAAACAGAAUGUACCUUGUUCGGGGACGAAGGACCAUGGGCGACGGGGAUGUAAGAGAAGAGAUUGCGGCGCGGCUUAUGCUGGCUGGGGAGGGACAGUUGACGGGCCUGGGACACAAGGCUCCUGUCGUCGUGGGUAGUGUCGUUGCGAUUUCCCAGCCUGCAGCAUCAUUCGACAUCAUGACGUGGCUGGCCCUCCGAUCAGCCGCCUUUGCGCGGGUGCCAGCUGCAACGAUGUGCCGGUCGGGCGCCCGAUUCUACUCCGGCGCAGCGACCGGCGCCGGCCGCGUCUCGGACCCGCUCCGGAUCCUCUUCUGCGGCUCGGACAACUUCAGCUGCGCGGCGCUGACCGCGCUGACCGCGGAAAGGAAGCGAAACCCGGAACUCAUUGAGUCGCUGGAAGUCGUUGUUCGGCCGAGCAAGCCGUCGGGGAGAGGGAUGAAGAAUGUUCGUGAGGUUCCGUUGAAGACCCUCGCUCAGCAACUCAGUUUGCCGAUUCACGUGAGAGACACGUUUACCAAGUGGCAGCCACCUAGCGACUUCAAUCUCAUCAUUGCCGUCUCUUUUGGUCUUUUCGUGCCGCCGAGAUUACUCAAGAUGGCAAAGUACGGAGGCUUAAACGUUCACCCAUCACUGCUCCCAGACUUCCGCGGUCCCGCGCCCCUUCAACAUACGCUUCUACAAGGGCGCACGCACACAGGCAUCACGCUUCAGACCCUAGAUCACAGAGACUUUGAUCACGGUGACAUUCUGGCUCAGACGCCGCUUCCAGGCAUCCCGAUCCCGGAAAACUGCAGCACGCAGCAGCUGCUCGACAUUGUCACGCCGCCGGCCGCCGAGAUGCUCGUCGACGGUCUACAUCGAGGUCUCCACGUCCCUCCGCACGUGAACGUCGGCUGGAAACAAUCCACCGGGGGGUUCAUAGAGGACUCAUUCGGAGCACCUCCGCACGCGCCGAAGAUCACAAACCACGACCGUUGGAUUGCUUGGUCGAAGUGGACCGCCGACGACAUUGCGACGCGGCAGCGCGUGCUGGGCGGCGUGUGGUCCUCUGCAAUCAGCCAGACCACGGGCACAGAGAAGAGGAUUAAGUUGGGACGGGUGGACUCCGUACCCCUCGAGGAUAUGCCUGAGCAUAUUAAGCAGUUUAACAGACGAUUGAGGGAGUAUAGGAAAGACCGAACAAUUGCAGACGAUGCCUCACCGGAGGAUGAUAAGAAGGUGAAGUUUGUCAAUUGGAUUCAGGGGACGCAAGACGGGUGUUGGAAAGUGCUUCAGCGUGCCUUUUUUGAGCACGAGGACGGGAGGAGCAUUUUGAUUCCCCUUGUUGAGGGCGACAAGGUCCUCAAGGUGUCGACCAUGAUUGUCGAGGGCUCGGCGGAACGUACUGCUGUGAGCGCCAUUAAGAGCUUCGCCGUAGUCGGAGAUGACUACAAUAACGGCUUCACUGGAAGGCGUUCGGAAUUCACCCUUGUCCCCUUUUAG